CGUCAAUCAAUGAAAUGUCAAAACAAAUAAUUUUUUGUCAACAAAAAACGUGCGAAAGCGAUUUUUGAGCAUUACAAUCGUUUACCAUACCAUCCAUAAACAAUUAGACAGUUAACAUGGAUGUUGCAGAGCUACUCUCCUAUAAACCAGAACAAACACCAAAACGCCCAAACGAAAAUGAUUCGGACGAUGAAGAUCGACCGGACGAAGCGUUGGAGCGAGCGAAGAAAAUGAGACGCUUGGCACAGGAUAAAGUCGAUUCAAUGACACGGGCCAUCAAAUCAACAAAAGAGCCGCAAAUAACGGAAGAGGAACGAUUGAAGAUAUUACAGUAUGUCGAUCAGGGCGGUGACGAUGCCGUGGACAAUAUUAUGGACGAAAAUGGACUGAAGAAGAUGCUGCUACUGUUCGAGAAGCGAAAUUUACGGAACCAGGAGAUGCGAAUCAAAUUUCCAGACAAUCCGGAGAAGUUUAUGGAAAGCGAAAUUGAUCUUCACAGCAUGAUUCAGGAACUGAAAGUAGUGGCAACAGUUCCAGAUUUAUAUCCCGUUCUCGUCGAUUUACAUGCUAUUCCCAGUCUGUUGGAAUUACUGGCCCAUCAAAACACCGACAUCAGCGUUGCUAUUAUCGACUUGCUGCAAGAACUAUCCGACGUCGACAUUCUACACGAAAGUCUGGAGGGAGCCGAUGUGCUCAUAGACGCCCUUGUCAAGCAACAGGCCGGCGCGCUAUUGAUUCAAAAUUUAGAUCGACUCGACGAGACCGUCAAAGAAGAAUCGGAUGGUGUGCACAACACAUUGUCGAUAUUCGAAAAUUUGACCGAAAUUCGGCCCGAAAUGUGUAAAGAGAUUGCCGAACAGGGAUUGCUGCAGUGGAUUCUGAAGAGACUGAAAGUUAAGAUGCCAUUCGAUGGCAACAAAUUGUAUUGCAGUGAAAUACUGUCGAUUCUGAUUCAAAGCACCAACGAGAAUCGGCUACUGUUGGGCACUUUGGAUGGGAUCGAUGUGCUGUUGCAACAAUUGGCCAUUUACAAGCGACACGAUCCGGCCACGUCGGAAGAGCAGGAAUUUAUGGAGAAUUUGUUCAAUUGCUUGUGUUCGGCUUUGAUGUCCAAAGAGAAUCGAGAACGGUUUUUGCGCGGAGAGGGACUUCAAUUGAUGCAACUAAUGCUACGCGAAAAGAAACUGUCCCGCAACGGUUCACUAAAAGUUCUCGACCAUGCAAUGUCCGGCAUUGAUGGAAGAGACAAUUGCAACAAAUUCGUCGACAUACUGGGUCUGCGCACGAUAUUCCCGCUGUUCAUGAAAACGCCGAAACGCAACAAGAAACGAUUGCUCAGCUCCGACGAACAUGAGGAGCAUGUCGUAUCGAUCGUGGCCAGCAUGUUACGUAAUUGCAAAGGUGCGCAGCGACAACGAAUGUUGGCCAAAUUUGCGGAAAACGAUUACGAGAAAGUGGAUCGGUUGAUUGAGUUGCAUUUAAAGUAUUUGGAGAAAGUGGACGCCGUUGACGAUGAGUUGGAGGCACAGCAACGGGAUCCGGAGAUGACCGAAGAGGAGGAGACCGAAGACAAUUACUUGAAACGAUUGGCGUCCGGAUUGUUUACGCUACAAUUGAUCGACUACAUUAUUUUGGAAAUUUGUUCGACAUCCGAGACAAUCAAACAGAGAGUUUUGCAAAUACUGAACAUGAGAGGCGGAUCCAUCAAAACCAUACGACAUGUGAUGAGAGAGUAUGCUGGUAACCUUGGCGAAGCUGGUGACAAUGAUUGGAGAGACCAGGAAAAUGCGCACAUACUACAAUUGGUCGACCGUUUCUGAAGCAAAAUUAUAAACUCACCGUCGCUUCGUUUCAACGUGUAUUUCAUCGUUUGAUUCGUUUUUUUGUAAUAACAUCAAUAAUUUCAAAAAAAAUCGUUUUAUUCUAACAAUAUGUUGUGAAUGUCUGCACUGCACGGCUCUUU